AUGUCCACAUUUACAGCAAUAUUUGUUUUCUUAGACUCUAAUGUGGAAUCGCUGAGUUACUGUUCCCCUGGGUACUGCUACCACAGUGGCACGUGUACAAAUACACCUUUUGCUAUUUGUACGUGUACGGUAGGAUUUGUAGGAACACGAUGCGAUGAAAAUGGCAUGGAAAGCUUUGGUAAUCAAAUUUACAGUAGGUCAGGCUUUAACAAUGUACAGGCAAAGCAAGAUACAGAGAAAGUACAGCAAAUUAUACAGGAACACAUUAAUCAUAACUAUCAAUUACCAAAGACUGUGAAAUACAUGAAUGACAUCUUAGAGCAUAUUACAUCUGAAAUGAAGAAGCAAACAGAACAGAAAAAGGAAAUGGAAAAUGCUGACUUUCUGCCUCUAACAGAGGAUUAUGUAGAUAUUCUUGCAUACGUUGUCACAGUACUCAACAACAAAGGGUGUAAUGUGGGACAAACAAUUAACUGCACAGUGAACGAGCUUGAGGUGACUGGAUAAGUAUUCAAUUAGAGAACACAAUACUCUACCUUGCUUGACAAGGCAGAGGAAAAUCUGAUAGGGAUAACCAGUGUGAUGGCACUGACCAAGGUUGAGGAAGGACAAAUAAAGACAAUAGACAAGAAAGGAAUAGUCUCUUUGACGGUCCUUAAAUCAAAAGGGAAGGAUCUUCCAUUUCAAUUCCAGUCAGCUUAUGGAUCUGUCACACUACCUUACUGGGAGACUUACCAGGACAGCAUCGGAGAGGAGAUAGUAGCACUUAAUGUGCUGACGUAUCACAAAAGUCCAUAUGGAUUUGUAAACAACACAGAUGCAGUGUCAUCAGGAAUACUCAAGGUCAUGGUGACAGACCAAAAAGGAACAAGGAUCAGCCUUAAGGAUCGGGAUGACCCUGUCGAUAUGACAGUUGACAUGUCCCAGAUGUUCUCAGCUACGCACACCUGGAAAGACAUGGAAAGGCUGGCAGAUGGCCGAUCCUUAUGCGUCGCCUUUAAGAAUGCAACCUAUGCAUCAUUUGUUUUGGAGUUGAAUAUAAAGUCCCAUACAAUAUGUGAAGUGUAUGGUAUCUAUGGAAACACAGGCUACCCAACUAAAACUAAACGUGACUUGGUCGUAAAGACAAAAGGAAUCAAUAAAAUUCUCCAAUUCAGUCCCUAUGGGCUUCCCUUGAACUUUGCAAACCAGAUACUUCAGAUUACAAUACAUAAUACAAGGUAUGCCAACAGAGGAUAUAUGGACCCCCUCGUUUUAACAUUAAAGUGUGCAGAUGAUGUAGCAAAACGAAAGAAAAGACAAGCAGUUCCUUCAAAUAUCCAUCAAUUUCGACUACAGGAAAUUUCGCUGUCACAGCUGGAUGGUGUAUUAUGGAAAGAUCCUAAAGAUGCAAAGAUUUCCAAAGCAGAAGGUAGCCAUAUCAAAUUUAAAAGCACCUUUUUCGGGACAUUUGCAUCAAAUACAUUAUUUAUUCCACCAACGGAGAUUAAUUUUGAGGCCAUAUUUCUGAACUUUUUUGAGCGUCUUAGGCAAACUCCCCAUGUGCUUGUUAUCUAUGUGAUUUUAUUUACGGUGGCUGUUAAUUUGACUUUAAUUCUCAGAAAAGUGGACAAAAAGGAUCAUCUGAUUUGGGAUUACCUGCCAUUGGCUGACAAUAAGCAACACGAUUCCUUUAGAUACACAAUUUCUGUGUUCACUGCCAUCAGGUCAUCAAAUGUACUUACGUCCACCCCAUAUUUUGUUCUCGAGGGAUCGAAAGGGUCCACUGGAAACCGUAUUCUUUUUGAUGAACAACGCGAGAACUUUAAAGGCGGUACAUGCAGUAAUUUUAUCAUGACAACAGCGGUGGAUUUGGGGAAACUUAAUAAAUUAACAAUGUGGACUGACAACAAGGGAUCCUCGCCGGAUUGGAAAUUAUCAAAAGUGGUUGUGGUAGAUCUUUCCACAAGGGAGGGGUAUACUUUCCUUUGUGGUGACUGGAUAUCUCAAAAAUAUGGCAACUGUGAAACGUGGGUUGUUCUUCAACCGCUAUCAAAGGACAUUUUCCUGCGGGAAACCAUCUUCAGAGAAACAACAAGGAAGGGAUUUUUUGAUGAUCACCUCUGGUUUUCUAUCUCAAAACGCCCACAUUACAGCCACUUUACCAGGGUUCAAAGACUUUGGACUCUAAUGGCUCUUCUGUUCCUCUCAAUGGUCGCUUCUGCGAUGUGGUUCAAUCAAGAACCAUCAAAGGAAGACCAGGAUCCUGAUACAGUCAGUGCUAUUAGAACUGUUCAGUUGGGCCCGUUUGAAUUAAGCUACAAACAGCUGUAUGUAGGGUUCAUGUCUGCUCUAAUUACAUUUCUUCCAUCAAUGCUCAUUGUUUUUAUUUUUAAAAACAGAGGACCCAAAAAUAAAAUGGUAACCAGUUCAGAGAUCAAAGGAAAACCAAAUCAUUUGACUAAAUGUGAAACUCGAAAAUUACUUCCUUGGUGGAGUAUGUUUUUUGCGUAUGCUUUAAUUGUUCUUUGCAUAUCUACUGGCGGAACAUUUACAUUCCUAUACUCAUUAGAGUUUGGCACUCAGAAAACAAAUGAUUGGCUAUUGUCAUUUGUGUUUGGAACAAUUCUAGGUGUCCUUAUUCUAGAGCCCGUAAAGGUUUUAAUUUUCGCCUUUCUUGUUGCAUGCUGUCUGCAAAGAUCCACAGAAACGCUCGCAGAUCUGGGCGAUCCAUUUAAAGAUAUAAAGGAGAGAGGAGGCAUGUUGGAAACAAAAGCAUUCUACUAUCCAUGCCCAAGUAUUAAAGCAAAUUCUUUCAGGAACCAACUCAAAAAGAAAAGAUUUAAACUGGAUAAUGAACUAUCCACCUACUUUAAGUCAUCACUUCUGUGCAUAUUGUAUAUAUUACUACUUGCUAUGAUCUGCUCACAUGUCGUCAUAACGAAAGCAUUUCGCCAAAACGAGGCUAUGAAGAUUUCCAUUAACAACAGUUUUUUGGCUAACACAACUGAUGAUAUCUGGAAAUGGUUGCAGAAUCAUUAUAUCCCUGCUCUGUGGACAAAAUAUUUUUUCAAUGGUGAUUUGAGGACAGCUUAUGAACAAAGAUUUACAUAUGACGGGUACAAUUACAGAAUGUCCUUGAUCCAACUCAGACAAGUUCGUUCCUAUGGAAAUUGUACUGGUCCCAAAGUUGUUCAAAACGUCGUUAAAAAAUGCACAAACAGCUAUGAUAACGAAGCAGAUCCAAUUUACUACUUCUGCCCAGGUUGGGCAAAUUUCAACUCCUUUUGUUUUAAUGAAAACGAAUUGACAGACUAUAGUUUCCACUAUAAGUCUUCAUAUGAAUUAAACUCAUUUCCAUUUUUUGGAAAAUAUGCAUAUUACGGUGGAGGAGGAUACCAAAUGCAGCUGGGUCCAAAGCAAUCCUUGGUUAUGAAGCAUAUUAAUGAGCUGAAAUCUAAAUCCUGGAUAGACGGAAAUACCCGUGCAAUAUUUAUAGACUCGAACACUUUCAAUGCUAACAGUAAACUAUUCACACAUUUGAAAGUCGUCUUUGAGAUUUCUGAGUAUGGAGCUAUUACAAUGUCAACAAUAUCUAAGUCUUCUAAUUUAUAUCCAUACGUGUAUGCAUUGGAUUAUAUCAUUCUUUGUCUCCAGAUAGUCUUUGUGAUCAUAAUCGUGGUUAAGAUAAUUCUAUUUGGAAUUAAUGCCUUUAAAUUGAAGUGGAAAUGUUUUGUGACCUUUGGUAUGUGGAUAACCUUAGCAGAAAUAAUUCUUGCAUUAUUGGCUAUUGUCUACUUCAUUAUUCGAGUAGACAAGACUAUCAAAGCAGUGGAAGACAUUAAUAACAGUAACGGUGAUUUUGUAUCAUUUGAGGAAGUGGAAAUAUGCGACGAAAUGUACCGGUUAUUUAUAGGUGGGGUAUUCUUUAUUGUUAUUCUCCGGCUAUUGCAACCUUUAGCUUUCAACUACCACCUUUUUGUCCUUACAAAAUCUUUGGAAAAAGCUAGGGCAGAUUUAGUGUCCUACGUUAUACUGUUUUCAAUUUGCUUGGUGGCGUUUGCCUCGUUCCUUCAUUUGACCGUAGGCAAGACAACUUCCGAUUUUAAAAGUAUUAUCACUGCAUUAAGGACAUUGUUACAGAUGCUACUGUCGAUGAUCUCCUUCCGGUUUAGUGUGGAAAUGUCUUCUAUGCAAGCACAAAUUAUUAUCAGUUUGUUUGCUUUCACUGUUUCAAUUAUUGGAAUCAACAUUUUUAUUGGCAUCCUAACCUGGACCUUUUUCUUUGUCAAACUCUCGCAAACCAAUAAUGAAGCAACGCAGGAGUUACGUUUUAAUCAGGAACUUAACGAUCACUUCUGGUGGAGAAUUAAUCAAUUAUUGCAAAGAUUGGUUUUCAACGAAUGUGGUAACUCUCUUAACAUUGAUGUACGCAUAUUACAGAGGAUAGCGAAGACGAUUGAAAGCAUAGAUCAAAGGCUUAAUGAUAUUCUGAUGGAAGAAAUAGAAUGGACAUUCUAUACGUUAGCAAUGAUGUUAAUUUGCAAGAAAGAAAACUGCGGGAAAGAAAGCAUAGGGAAUCCCCUUAUAUGUUGUGUAGCCGCACAAAACAACAACAUUCAAUACAGAUUUCUUGCCCAUGCAUCGAAAUUGACAAAAAUAGUUCUUAAUCUCUCGUACGUGAGACCCGGAGAUGCCCCGGAAAUCGUCUGUCAUCAAGUCCCACUUUCAAAUUUCACAGUCAGUGGUAUCAGCAUUCCGUACAGCCAUCGCGCGAAGACUGAUGUGUUUGAGUUCAUUACAAAGUUUCAAGGAACAAAGAAUAAAGCCAGAAUAACGUUUAAAUGUGGAAGCAUCAAGGCUGAAGAUUUCGUUCAGUAUAGCUAUAAUAACAUGAGAACAUGGCAAACGAAGCUCUUACAUGAGAUGGAAUCCUUGGGUGUCUUUUCCUGUACUUUCUCCACCAUUCCCACUCACUGUUUCGUGAUACAUCGACAGGAAACCUUUAAAUUGGACAUUGGAAAACUGUAUAAAUUUCCAGAUCUAGAACGUUAUCAGCUUCUGAAAUCUGGCCAGUGUAUUCGACUUCGCUCAGAUGACAGAAUAAAUAUUACUAUUUCGCCAAAUGCUAUACAGGAAAAAGGAGAUAUCAUUAUCUUGGUAGAGAAACACUUUGCAGCAAUAUGUCCAAUAUUACAACUCUAUUCUACAAGAAAAAUAAAUGGCAAUAUAAGAAUCUUUUUGCCAUUAAAUUAUCUGCCCGGGAUAACUUUACGGAAUGGGGUAACGUGUGAACUUUGGGUGUUAAUACGCGAGAGAAAUGCAGACUGGAAAAAGAUCCAAUGUCAAGUAGUGUUGGACUUUGGCCGAGUUGUAUUGUGUAUAAAUGGCAUAAAAAUGAAAACACCUACUGCUAUUUGUGUGAAGGAAGUUUUACUACCCUGGGGAGAAUUUCCAGCUUCGACACAAGAUUCGAAAUUUGUUCAAGAAAUAAUGUUGUUGAGUCAAAAAACGUGGUUUAAUAGACACUGGCGAGACCUGGCCGAGAAAUGCUCUGUGACCUUGACCUCAACGUUUGUAGAAGAUCAUAAUCCCUUUUUUAUUUCCGUUGAGAACCGGAAAUACGUUUUUAACAUGGACAGGUGCCUGUUCAGGCGAAUCACCAAGCUCCCGUUUUCAGAUGAGGAAAAAUGUCUGAUAAUCUUAUCCAGGUGGCUCAAAGGACUGAAGUCAAGGACCGGCGUGACAUCAUUGAUCUCCUUGCUCAAAGAAUACAAUCUACCUUACUUACCAGAUACCAGUAUAUAA